UUAGCCAAUCCGGGCCUGGUACCGUACCACUCAGUGGAAACGGGGCAUUAUUUGCCAUGGUAACUUAAACUGCUUUGCUGUACUGCUCCAGGCAGAUUAAGUUCUGGAUUAAAGAUCCCAAACCGUAUUUUAACAAGCAUUUGUUAUUCUUUUAGCAUCAAGACAGAUUUUGGAACCAAGGAGUCUCCAUAUGUCCAGUGGUUCUUGUUUGGAAUGUUACUCUCAGUCGAUAUUAUGGCUCUGACCACAGCUUGCAAGAUGGAUUUAUACAAAUUUCCUUUUGACACCCAGAUCUGCAACAUAUCAUUUCACUCUGCAGUCUAUUCAAGUAAGGAGAUGAUGAUUUUACCAUUUUCUGAAGCAAUCAACCUUACUCAUGAUUCCAAGGAUCUAUUUCAGGCCCAAGGAGAGUGGGAACUCGUCUUAAUAAAUUAUUUUAAGACUGAUGCCCCGAUUCUGGAUGAAGUUCAAGAUCUGCUGGUAUAUGAGAUCACCAUCAAGAGGAGACCUUUACUGUACGUCAUCAACAUUAUGCUACCAGUGUUUUCCUUCCUUGUGCUGGACGUGACCUCCUACUUCAUGGACGCAGACGGAGCAGACAAGCUGAGCUUUAAAGUGACUUUACUGCUGGCUAUUUCUGUGCUACUGCUGAUUCUUAAUGACAUACUGCCCUCUACAGCCGAAAAGCUUCCUCUGAUCGGGAUUUACUGCAGUGUGAUUUUCAGUCUCAUUGGGAUCAGUAUACUGGAGACCAUCUUUGUGAAUUACCUGAAGGCUAAAGGAGCUGAAAUUAGAUCAGCUGCAUUUGUGCAAAGAACAGUUGCUGUUAUUGAUCAAGAUGAUGGUGUCAGAGAAGUGCAGAUUCCUCCAGACCAGAAUGAGAUUAAGAUUUCACUUUGCUGGAUGCGAGUGGCAGAAAUGACGGACACCAUCUUCUUCAUCCUCUACAUAGUCACCAUUAUUGUGUUUCUGUCUGUGCUUGCGUCAAUUUGGGUAAAUUAACUUGUGAUGUGUGAUGAUAAUCUGUGCUUACAACACUAGCUAGGUCAGUCUAACAAAUCAUACGGUUACUAACACACAAGUAAUUCAUUGAGUUUAUUUAUUCAUUAUAGUUUGGUAAAUUCAUGGUAUUGUAAAUGGUUAGCAGAGCAGAGCAGUUAAUUGUUUAAUCGAGGUUAUUUUUUUAUUUCUUCAAAUGAAUUGUUCCUCUGAAGUGCGUGCACUAUUCUCUCCAUAUCUCUAUAACACACACAAACACACACACAAACACACA